UUAAAAAAAUGCUUGAAGAGCAGAAAAAUAUUAUAUUAAUGGAGACCGAAAGACUUCUCAAAGAACAAGAAAAAAACUUCGCAAAAAUAACAAGCGCAAAUAUGAAGAUUUUUACUGAAAGGUUGGAUAAAUUAGAACUCGAUCUAUCUACAAACAAAAUAAAAACUUCUAAUAUCGAAAAGGACGUAGAAGAAAUAAAAGAGAGUCUUAACUUCCAAGAAGAGUUAACUAAACAAAAGAUUGCAGAAAUAAAUAAACGGACAGAAAGUGAAAUUAAACAUCUUUAUGAGCAGAAACGUUUUGAAUCUAUAAAAGAAACAAAUGCCAUUAAAAACAUAAGUGAGAAACUGGUUGAUCUCGAAAAUCGUUCACGAAGAAACAACCUGAGGAUUGAAGGUGUAAAUGAAUUACCUGGUGAAACCUGGAAUGACUGUGAAAAAAUUGUGAAAGAUAUUUUUUCAAAAAAAUUAAAAAUCCCGAACGAAAUAAUAAUUGAACGAGCUCAUCGUUCAGGUCCAAAAAAAGUAGGCAAACACCGAACAAUCUUCAUAAAACU